GUACUUCUGAGAAUUUAUCAGCACUCUACGUUGUAAAUGUUGAAAGAAAUGGAAAAAUUAUUUACACCUGGAAGGGAAAUCAGGGAAACACCCACAUUGGAUUGUAUGAUCUUCAAGCUAAACAAAAUGAGCACCUCUAUAUGUUUGAGAAGGAUCUACAUAUAAUCAGCUGUUCGAUCAACAACGAAAGGACAUUAUUGGCUGUCACCGUCUGUCAGCAUACAGAGGAAGAAAGAACAAGUCAGCUAUUACAGUCAGCAUCCAAGUAUUUAACUCUGCUAAUUGAAAUUCAUCCCAUUAAUAAUGUGAGAGUCCUGAAGGCUGUGGAUAGCUGUGUUAGAGUGCAGUUUCUUUAUCCAGUUGAUGGCAGAAAUACUUCCACAGAAAGUCACCUCUUGCUAGUUUCAGAAGAUAAAUAUAUUGAACAAUUUGACAUUCCUGUUGUUGCAGAAGAAGAACACAAAGUGGUGAUUCAAAAGUCAGGUCAGCUUCCAAGAGCCAGAGUUGCAGAUGAUCUUGUUUGGGCACAAUGGGAUAUGAUGGAACAAAGGCUCUUCUACAUUGUUCCAAAGGAAUCAAAGAGUACUUUAAAGUGUGUCCAGUUUUAUCCUGAUGACAAUUUUAACGCAAUACUGGAAUCACACCUGGAUGUUUCUGUAAAUGACACACAAUUAAAACUGGUGAAUUUUGGAUAUGAUUCCUGUCAGGACCAAGAUGUUACAUCUAAAUCUUUGAACCUUCAGGUUUUCACAAGUAAAGCAGGAGGUUUGUGUGUGUGUUGUAGCCUGGCCUCUGAAACUCCUGAUGAAAUCCUGUACUCCAUCUAUUUCCUACACAAAGGUUACAACAAAACUUUUAGAGUUUCUCUAGAAAGGACAGAAUCUCAUAAAUCGAAGGAAGUGGCUUUUAUGAAUCUUGACUAUUAUGUGGCUGCUUAUUUGCCUGGCCAGUUCCUGCACCUCCUGAAUAUUCAACAUCCUGACCUGCUGUGCUAUAGUUUAUUUCUGACAGGUGAGGAUGCAAGAAUUGGCACGUUACAAAACUGUUCCAUCCGAUCCCCACUCGUGUCAACAGUCCUGGAUUGCCAAGUAGGAAGUAUGUACACUGUGAGCAUCAGUGACACUGCCUUACUGCAGCUCCUGCAGAAUAGCAAACAGGACAGUGAGAGACUGGCAGCUCUGCAUUGUGCCCUGCUGUACUUCCAACACACAGAAGACUUGGAAAUGCAGAUUAUUCAGUGGAUUUCUGAGAACCUGUCAACAUGUCAUUCUUUUGACCCCAUUCAAGAGUUUAUCAUUGCCUCCCUGUACUGCAGAAUGUGUCCAGAAACUCAAAACCUGGAUAAACUUUUGCCCUACACAUCACUGCUUGACUGGAUUGGGGUUAUCCCUGGAGUAACAUGUGCAACAGACAUUAUUUCUCUACCUGUGUUAGAGUUCCAAAACUCCAAAGGCUUCUGGGAGAAACUCAGCUCCAACUUGGAGAGUGUGAAGUAUGCAGAGCCACACUUGCAUUACCAAAACAAUGUGCUCAGGAGGGAAUGGCACAAGCUUUCAGAAGAGAGAGAGGAGAGAAGAACCACAGCCUAUUUGAGGAAUAUUUUCGAAAAUGCCAAAAAGGUGCUUUCUCAUCUGGACACAUGGGACUCUGGGGCUAGGCUAGUACCUCUCUUCGAAGAGGAGGAUUAUCAGCAGCAGUUACUCAUGGGACUGAUGGUUGCUCAGCUAAAGGAUCACCUUAUGAGACAUCUACCCUACGUAGGAAAAAAGAAGAUUGACCAGAUAGUUCUGGAUUACGUUGCAAACCUGUUGAAUCUGGUACAUCGAAUAAUGAAAGAAGUUUGGAGGAGAUACCAACUUCAGUCCUGUGUCUUCUGCUUUGAUGAGAGAGGAAGUGCAGGAGAGUUUGCAGUGUUCCACAUCAUGAGUCGGAUUCUGGAAGCAGCAAAUGGCAUGUGCAUGCCUUUACCUCCUGGUUUUCACACUCUGCACUUGGGCCUUGGUGUUCGUUGUCUCCCCCUGCACACCCUCCUGCACUACAUUGAUAAUGGAGUCUUACAUUUGACAGAAACCUGUGUCAGGAAAUUGCUGAAAGAUCUGGACGACACCGAACAGAAUGAAAAGCUGAAGUUUAGUAUUGUCAUGAGGCUUCCUGAGGCUCUUGGCCAAAAGGUUUGCCAGGUCUGGAAUCAUCCAGUAAACGCUAAUUUAAUUGCACGGAAGUAUGUGAAACUCUUGCUGGAGAAGCUGGGGAACAGGCAGUGCAGCAGGUCCAUCCCUGAGAGGCUCUCAGUCUCUGUGGAGUUUUUGCCACUGAACUACUUGACUAAUAUGUUGGCAGAGAUAGAAAGUCAAGGUGUCCAUCCAUAUGAAAAACCAGACCAUGUCAACGUAAGGUUUGUGGAGGAAACAGCACUCAAGCACACCAUGACACUUUUGGGCCUCAA